AUGAUGGACGAGGAAGACGAGGAUGGAGUGGACGAUGAGCUUGACUCAGAUGAAUCCGGUGGAUCCGAUAAUUCAGAUGACAACGAGGAGGAGGAUCCGAUCCCCUCUUCUUGGAACCAUGAUUUGUCGGAGGCAAUGAUAGUGGAUGAUCGGCACGAUUCAGCCUGGGAGUACAGCAUGAACACCAUCUCAAUUGGUGCUAGAUAUGAUGACAAGAGACAUCUGCAGGAAGCAAUCACUCAGUGGGCAAUGAACACGCAAAGGGUAUUCAGAACCACUGUUUCAAGUCAGAAAUUCUUGACAGUGGUCUGCAGUGAUGCUAGAUGUCCAUCAAGGGUGCAUGGGUACUGUCCGAAGUAUGACACAACAUGGAUUGUGAAUGACUUCGUGCCGCACACCUGUGUCCUUAAGAGUAUGCUGAAGGAUCACCGAAACCUUACAUCCACUCUGAUUGCUCGCCUGUUCUACAAGGAGAUUGUAGAGAAUACAGCGAUGGGGGUUAAAGCCAUCCAGAAAAGAGUUCACCUCCAAUAUAAUUAUGUAAUUGAAUAUGGCAAGGCAUGGAGGGCUAAACAGACGGCACUGGAGAAGAGAUUCGGGACCUUCUAUGAUGCUUAUGACGGUGUCGUCCGUCUCCUGCAGACAUUGAAGGACCGGAAUCCGGGCACCCAUGUGGACAUAGAAGACUUUGUGAUACCACAGUUCCCUAAUGUCAGGGUUCUGCACAGGGUGUUUUUCGCAUUCAGCAUAUGCAUCGAGGCUUUCAUGCACUGUCGUCCGGUGAUGUGUGUAGAUGGAACUUUUCUUACAGGUAGGUACAGGGGUCAGAUUCUGACUGCCAUUGGAGUGGACGGCAACAAUCGAAUUGUGUCUAUCGCAUUUGCAUUUGUUGAGAGUGAGAACACUGCUAGCUGGUUAUGGUUCUUCAGGCAGUUAAAAAAAUCGAUAGUGAAAGAUCGCCCAAAUGUGAGCGUGCUCCAUGACAGGCAUGCAGGUAUACUUGCGGCUAUCAAGACGCUGAAAGAAGCCGGACCUGAUGAAGAGACGCCAUGGCAGGAUAUGCAGAGUAGGUGGUGCAUGCGCCACCUAGGGGCCAAUUUUUUCUCGCAGUUUAGGAGCAAGGGUCUUAUCAAUCUGUUCAAGAAGUUGUGCAAGCAGAAUCAAGAAUGCAAGUACACUUUUCUCCGUGGCAAGCUGGAUGAGUUCACAAAGGACCAUGUGCGACACAGGUUAGCCGCGCGAGCUGCAUUAGCAGCAGCUCAUGCAGCAGCUGUGGCACAGGGUACACAGGUUCCGGAAGCCCCCGAGCCAGAUCCUAUUGGGCUAUGUGACCUGCCUGGAUUUGACCCACCCAAUACUAGAAGGAGGCCUGGACGACGGAUUAAAAUUUUUGCAGAGUGGAUAGAGCACGAGCCAUUAGAAAGGUGGUCUUUGCUGCAUGACACACAUGGAGCUAGGUACGGUGUGAUGACUACCAACCUAGCUGAAUCAUACAACUUCGUGCUUAGGGGAAAUAGGGCAUUGCCGCUGACAGCCCUUGUGUAG